CGGAAGUACUUAGUAUAUUCUUGCCUGUUUCACAGCGGCGUUGGCUAGGUUUUGGGUAAUUUCUCCAACAACCAAUUUUAACGGCGGCAGGUGGCGAAGUUAGUACAUUUCACUCUUACCAUAAUGUAAAAUUUACAACCCUUAUUUGUUGUUAUAACAAGUCUUUUGAGGAGCAUUUUGGUAGCUAUUUUAGCUACGCUGCAAAUUAGCAAGCUAGCUGCAAUAUGGAUAGCUAGCUAGCGCAUCAUCAUUUCGCAUGACAUUGUGCAUUGAAUGCUCUGCUAACCGGUGGUGUAAAGUACUUAAGUAAAAUUACUUUAAAGUAGUACCUAAGUAAUUUUGGGGGGUAUCUGUACUUUACUUUUAUUUCACUAACGUUACAGUCCUAAAGAAAAUAAUGUACUUUUUACUGCAUACAUUUUUCCUGACACCCAAAAGUGUUUUGAAUGCUUAACAGGACAGGAAAAUUGUCUAAUUCACACACUUAUCAAGAGAACAUCCCUGGUCAUCUCUAUUGCCUCUGAUCUGGUUUGUAAAUUAUGUCUGAGUGUUGGAGUGUGUCCCUGGCUAUCCGUAAAUUUAAAAAACAAUGUGCUGUCUGGUUUGUUUAAUAUAAGGAAUUUGAAAUAAUUACUUUUGAUACUUAAGUAUAUUUUAGCAAUUACAUUUACUUUUGAUAAUUAAGUAUAUUUAAAACCAAAUACUUUAAGACUUUUACUCAAUUAGUAUAUGUUACUGGGUGACUUUUGUGUCAUUUUAUAUUAAGGUAUCUUUACUUGUAUUCAAGUAUGACAAUUGGGUAAUUUUUCCACCACUGCUGCUGACUAGCAACACUAUAAAAUGUGCAGGUUAAUUGAAAGACGUUAGUCAGUAAACAACAUUGGAUACACGUUUCUGUGCAAACCUGGCUAGUUUCCCAAAGUGUACAUUUUGGUUUGUGUUUAACACUUCACAGCUGAAUCAAAUGAUCAACGCUUGAUGAUUAUUUGAAUCAGCUGUGUAGUGUUAUGACAAAAACCAAAACGUGCACUUGGGGUCCCGAGGACCGAGUUUGGGAAACCCUGCGCUGGACCAUAAUAGCUGAUGAACGCUGAACUCCGUUCUCUUAAAUCGAGGCGGAUGUUGUUGCUAGCAAAACAGUUAUCAAAACUCAACUCCGCCUCGAUAUAAGAGAACGGAGUUGAACGUUCCUCAGCUAUCCCAAUAAUGGACUAAAUGAGCCUAAUGUUACUCAGAGUCCAAGGAUCUUAGCUAGAUGUAAAAUGUUCUGUUUAAAUGCGAAUUGGCUCUCAUAGCAAAAACAUCGAUUCUCAAUUGCGGUACUGUUCUAGAAACAUAAAGCCCCUUACUUUCAUAUCACAAAUUUAGUUAACAAAUGAAAAAUAUAUACAUACUGUACACGGUUUUAACACAGAUGCAGACUAAAUAAUUUUUCAGCGACAACACGUUUUUGGCGUCCAUCUUGCGUUUACACACAGACGCAGAUAGCAAAUUAGCACAGAUAGUCGCCUCUGUCUUUUCCGUGAACAAGCGCUGUAACAUGGAAAUAUGGCCAUGUGGGAACCCUAACCCUAUAAAGGUGUGUAGUAAUUUAACCUUUCGUUUUUUGAAAAAUAUUUAUUGCUGAUAUGAAAGAUAUCUUAUGUUUAAGACCUUAUGUUUCCAAAACCGUACCGUACAUUAUGCAUGUUAACGUUGAGAACGAGCGUCCGGGCACCUAACAAAACUCACCCGGCCAGAAUAAACUAUCAUUAAUAGGCGCUAAAUGUAGUUAUCUUCUAUGAAUGGGCUAACCUGAGGCAAGGACCAUAGGUGGUGGUUAGUGGCUAAGGACAGGGGUCAGUGAUGGGCAUGUACCGUUUGUUUUCUCCUCAGAUGGGAACCUAACAGGUCAGAGUUUUGGAGAAGUAAUCAUGGCCACCCAGCCCUCGCAGCCUCCAUCCUUACGCUUUGGCCAGGUGGUCAUUGGACCUCCUGGCUCAGGUAAAACCACAUACUGCCGGGGGAUGCAGGAGUUCUUGAGUCACUUGGGACGGAAGGUAGUUGUGGUGAACAUGGACCCUGCAAAUGAAGGGCUCCCAUACCCCUGUGCUGUGGAUAUUUCAGAGCUGGUCACCCUACAUGACGUGAUGGAGGGUUUGAAGCUGGGGCCCAAUGGUGGACUCCUGUACUGCAUGGAGUAUCUGGAGGCCAAUCUGGACUGGCUGGAAGCCAAGUUAGAGGAACAUAGUGACUGUUACUUCCUGUUUGACUGUCCUGGUCAAGUGGAGCUGUACACCCACCAGAACUCAGUGAAAAACGUCUUUGCUCAGCUGGCCAAGUGGAACUUCAGGGUGAGAUGCUUCAGGAUUCUAAGAUAUUUGUGCUGGAAUGUUGUGAUUCCUAGUAUUAAUGAUUCCCCAAAAUAAAAACUCAGUGUAGUAUGUCAAUCCACAUUCAGUAUCAUUUAGGCUAAUUUAAGAGUAGUAUCAUUUAGGCUAAUUGUUCGCCAUAUUGAUGGAGAAUUUGGGGCUUUGACAAGUAGUCCUAGCUAUUUGUAAUGUUGUUUAUUGGCAUGUGCUUUAUUAGUGUUGAGUCAUAGGUUGUGCUCAUUAUCACUGAGGGAGUUCUAUUAACCUGAGCAGCGGUGCACCAGUCUAUGGCCUGUGACGUUAACGGGCAAAAGCGGUGAGGGAGGAGCACCCUUCUCAAAUCGAACAGCAUGGUGCAUUGUCCAGAAAAACAUAUAUUUUCCAUAAAAUAUAUGUUUGAAUUUUCAAACUAGUUUUCAUUGAGAAGGCAGAUAAAGUGUUUUUGUUAAAAGCAAUCAGUUUUGCAUGUGAAAACACAGAAGCCUACUCAUUACUCCACAUGCUUAAUCUAGCCUACGUCACUUUUGUUUUGAGACAACUUCACCGUGGGCUUUGAACAGGGCACCUGGCUCACGCCCGAGGGGGCAGCCCGGUUCCAAAACAAAUGCAAUCACUUUUCACCCAGUGCAAACUCCCCCCGCCGGGAUAACCUGGGGAUAACCUGGGCCAGAUAAUUCAAUCCCCUCACUGUCUCACUAACACUCCCUCUUUAAACACUCUCAGCUGACUGCAGUGCACCUUGUGGACUCUCAUUACUGCGCUGACCCAGCUAAGUUCAUCUCAGUGCUGUGCACCUCCUUGUCCACCAUGCUGCACGUGGAGCUACCCCACGUCAACGUCCUCUCCAAGAUGGACCUCAUCGAGCAGUACGGCAAACUGGGUGAGAUGAGACGUCCUGGGUGAUGAUGAAUAUGGGCUUUGUAUGGCUAUAUUCCCUCAGUUUCCCUCAGAAGUGUUUGAUUUUACAGUUUGUCUUUAGCUGGGGGAUUUGUUUCAUUUUUGCACUUUGUCUGUCUCUGGGAUAGCCUUCAACCUGGACUUCUACACAGAGGUUAUGGACCUGACAUAUCUGCUGGAUCACUUGGCUGCUGACCCUUUCUUUAGGAAGUUCCUCAAACUGAAUGAGAAACUCGCAGGGGUCAUACAAGACUACGGUCUUGUCUCUUUUGUGCCUCUCAAUGUGCAGGUGAGACUCUGCUGCUGCCUUUAGAAGUUCACUGGUUCUUGGGCAUCUACUGUUCCUGGGUCAUAUUUAUUAUGGGACAUAAAGUUCAGUACCUCCCUGUUUCAGAUCUUUUUCUCCGCUUCGUGCCUUCUAGUGAACACAACCUUGAUAACACUUUGUCUAAACUCAUAAUAAAUACUGGUCCAUUUUAGAAGGUGAGGUAAUGGUAAAACACUGUAGUCUCAACCUGGAGGAUGAAGCCUGCAUUUACAUUUUUGCCACUUAACCACUGACAUCCUACACUGUGCUUCAUCUCCAGGACAGGGAGAGCAUGAUGCAGGUCCUGCGGACAGUGGACAAGGCCAAUGGCUACUGCUUCGGUGACCUGGAGGAGAGGAACCUGCAUGCAAUGUUGUCAGCCGCUGUGGGAGCAGACUUCCAGUUCACCUCGUAUCCUUUACUCACAGCUGCUAUAUUGAUGUAUGUGUUUGUUAUUAAACAAUCUAUUUCACAUGCUCAACCUAUGAAACAAAGCCAUUUUAAAUGUAAAAAGUGUUAAAGGCCCAGUUCAGUCCAAAACUAGAUUUUCCUGUGUGUUAUAUAUAUAUAUUUCCACUCUGAGUUUGGAAUAAUACUGUGAAAUUAUGAUAAUACCCUUUUCAUGGAAGAGCUGUUUGAAAAGACCGGCUGAAAUUUCAGCCUGUUUUGAUGGGAUGGAGUGUUGGCCUGCCUGGUGACAUCACCAGGUGGUUAAUUAGUUAUUAUACAACGGUUGGGUCUAAUCCUGGACACUGAUUGGUUAAAACUGCAUUCCAGCCUGGUGUCUAUUCCACAAGUUACCACCGGCUAAAGCUAUGAUGUUGAAAUGCCUAUUUACUCUGUUCCAUCUCACUGCGCAAUCCACUGUCUCGUCAGCCCAGCCAGAUAAUUUAUAAACUUGAUCUCCACUGUAAAAAGCAUCUAGACAAUAUCUCCCAUUUCUUUUAGACUAGCAAUUAGUUUUCAAUGGUGGAGAUUUGCUGUCUGUCUCUCUGACAUUUGCAACAUUGUUUCAAUAUUGAAAUUCGAGCUCCAGCUGUCCCAUAGUAAUGAACUUGUAGGGGUCGGGACGAGACAUGCAGGCAGCUUUUCUCAGGCAGUCGAAAUCAUGAAUCAGCAUAAUUUGUAUGGAUAUUUUCAAGUGUCAAUAGAAAACAGGUGAAAUGAAAUGCAGUUUCCAGCUUCAGUUUGAAGUGAUUGUGUUGUUGGCUAGCUCCUCUGAACAACAGUGUCCUGACGAGAGUGCACAUUUUCUAUGUCAGGUGAAAUCGCGCAUCAUUAGGUCAUUCUUAUGAAUGGAUCCAAAUGUCACUAGAAAACAGCUUAAGCAAAGGCAGCUAGCUACUUUGCUGUUAUUAUGGCUGCACUGUUUGACGUGACUGUAAGUUAGCUGUAGAUGGCUAGCUAGCAAGCAAGGGAUAAAAACGUUGUCAGCCAGUAUGGCAAUAGACCGACUGGGUCGCGUCCAUAGAUACAGAACAAAAAUACUUAAGGACUGGGUCGCGUCUCUGGCAACCAACCCCAACGACCAGCCAGCCGGCUUGGGGAGCAAACCCUAGAUUUGUGUCAGGACUAUAUCUCAUGGAAGGAUGAAAUAGUAUGAAUAAAUUAAUCAAACCAUUUUAAUGAAAAUAUAUCAAUCAUUAUUUGAAUAUGUUGGUAACCCGUUGUAUAAAAGUGAUAAUGCCCUCGAAGGCGGUGUUUGGAGGAUAUAUUGGCACAGUUUGCCGACUUCGUCUUGGGUCUAACAACACUGUGCCAAUAUACUCUCCAAACACCGGCUUCUCUGGCAUUUUCACUUAAAUAGACCAAUAAGAGAGUUCCAAACCUCUGCCAAUAACAGCUCGUUUUCCCCUCCCCACUCAGACCACUCCCAGAUAGUCCUAGCAAAAUUCUUGCUUGAGAAAUUGAUCUUUGCUAAGAAGCAACUUUUUUCUUUUUUUUACCAUUUUAAAUGAAAACAAUCUCAGUAAGGUACUUAAUUGUUACCCAGAAAUGAUUUGAUAUUGAGAUAAAAACUGCUGCAUUUGGAACCUUUUUAAGCAGUCUCAGCAAGUGAUGACAAUUAUUAUUAGAGUUUGAAUAGUGUGUUCUGUUCUAAACAGAUCUGCCUGUGGAGUGCUGCUUACCAUAGAUGACUGGUCUACACUCCUAAGCAUUUCACUGUUGGUCUACACCUGUUGUUUACGAAUAGCAUUUAGAUUUGAUUUUCUUUAAAAAUUUACCCCUAGAACUCUAGGAGUGCAAGAGAGGUAUGUUGGAGAUGGUGAAAAGACCGUGGAGGAGGAGGUGAUGGAUCUGUAGAUCACCAGACACUCAUCAAUGGAUGCUGCUGACCUCCAUGUUGCUUGCACUGGGCCAGCAAAGGACCGACAAUACAACAUUUGUCCAGUGGAAGUGGUGUGUCAAAUGCAGAAAAUGCUAUUCUUCUUUCCCUCUUUGACUGAACAUGUAAAUUAUCACUUUUAACUUGAUAUGGCUGGCUCUGGGUAUAUAGAGAGGAGAGAAGGGUGGAGAAAGGGUUAGAAGCAUCAGACUGCAAACAGAUUCCAAGCCAACUGCUUCCUACCCCACAAUCCAAGAAUUUGGAUCAAUCUGGGUUAAGAGUUUGGAUUGAUAUAUCCUUGGCUUUGUGGCUGGGUUGUAAUUCCAGUGUUAGUUGGAUGCAAAUGCUCAUCUCUUAUUCUGCCAGUGAAAAAAGAUGGACAAAUCCAGGAGCACUGGACUACAGAUAAUGAUUUACAUUUUGUAAUGAGAAAUACCCAGGUUUGUAGGGGCAGUUUGGUCAGCCCUUCAGUCUAUAAGAUGUGUACAUUGGGUACGAAUCCCAUUGCAAAUUAGCAAAAUAAACUGUUAAUAAGUGUUGUUUUUUUCAUGAAUAAAGUUUGUGAAGAGUUGGUCUUACAUGCAUGUACAACAGACAUUUACAGAUGUGCCCUCUUGUGUGUUUGUAUGGACCUAUAGCUCUGUGUAAUAGGUGCAGACCAGGAGAGGGUGAGGUGCCCUAUGCAUCAUCAUCUCCCUAUCUACCCCAGACCUGUGACACAUAUAGAUGAGCAAGAGGCAGAGAGGGAGAAUUCAGAGUGUAGCUUGAUUCAGAUCAGCAGCAUAGGUACUGGUCCCUUGAUGCAGCUGUUCCCUGAAUUUCUCUCCAGAAUCUAUUCAGGUAAUGUUUGUUCUCCAUAGGUGGCAGCUGAUAGCCAACAGAAAGAAGCUCACAUGCAGAUUAAAACAAUAGACUUGUGCAACGUAGUAGGCAAGAUUCUGAUUGGAUGCUCACUUUGAGGAUGUAAAAUGAUAGAUGGAGGUUUCAAAUAUACAUUUAUAACGACCUUGGUGUUUCAUCUUUGUAGAUGGAGGCCAGAUUUUAUGGAACAAACACGAUAACCUUCAGAAGCAUUGGCAUAACUGAGUCAGUAAUUCGCCUAGCUCAUAGAGUAGAGCUGUUUUAAAAACAUGGAAUGGAGUUCUAUCUCCAAAGUAUUGGUCACACUUCAAGGUCUUGUCCUCAGUUGUUGUCUGCCAACCUUUCAAAGAUGUAGUUUAAAUGGAACUAAUGCUGCUAUGCAUCUAGAAAGGUAGAAGCAAUCUUGACUUUCAUAUGCUCAGAAAACAGUUCAUAGCAGCAGUGUCCAGAGGCUCGUUG